UCGUGCUUCCUUCUGUCUUCUCCUGCUGCUGAUGCAAGAGCUGAGUGCGGCGGCGGGGCAAGGAGAGUGAGCGCGCUCAGUGACCGACGGUCGGCUGACUUUCCGAGCGGAGUUUCGGCCACCCACACCGCGGAAGGGCCCACUUGACUUUCUCUCCUGAGGACCGGCGAGAGCCGCAGCCAUGUCGGGUGACGAGAUGAUUUUUGAUCCUACAAUGAGCAAGAAGAAGAAGAAGAAAAAGAAGCCUUUUAUGCUUGACGAAGAAGGAGGUGAUACACAAACAGAAGAAACGCAGUUAUCAGAAACAAAAGAAGUGGAGCCAGAACCAACAGAAGACAAAGAUACAGAAGCUGAUGAAGAGGACAGUAGGAGAAAAGAUGCUUCGAAUGACUUAGAUGACUUAACCUUCUUCAAUCAAAAGAAGAAGAAGAAGAAAACAAAAAAGAUAUUUGACAUAGAUGAAACUGAGGAAGGUAUAAAGGACCUGAAAAUUGAGGGUGAUGUGCAGGCGGCAGUAGAACCAGAAGAUGACCUUGACAUCAUGCUUGGAAAGAAGAAGAAAAAGAAGACUGUUAAGUUUCCAGAUCCGGAGGAAGUAUUGGAUAAAGAUGAAACAUUGGAAGAUGAAGAUAGCAAAAAGGAUGAUGAAAUCUCAUUUAGUUCUCAGUCGGGGCCUGCAUGGGCAGGCUCAGAGAGAGACUACACAUACGAUGAAUUGCUGAAUCGUGUAUUUAACAUUAUGCGGGAAAAAAAUCCAGAUAUGGUAGCUGGUGAAAAAAGAAAAUUUGUCAUGAAACCACCUCAAGUUGUAAGAGUAGGAACCAAGAAAACAUCAUUUGUCAACUUUACAGAUAUCUGUAAACUAUUACAUCGUCAACCAAAGCAUCUCCUGGCUUUUUUGCUUGCAGAAUUGGGUACAAGUGGCUCAAUAGAUGGUAAUAACCAGCUUGUAAUCAAAGGAAGAUUCCAGCAAAAACAGAUAGAAAAUGUCUUGAGAAGAUAUAUCAUUGUUUACUCUUUCCUUUUUGAUGUUCUUCACACCUUCGCUCUUGGUGAUGCUAUCCAUAGCUGGGUUCCUCCACUUGACUAACUGUUCUUCCAGUGUUCCCAUUAAAGCAAGAAUCAGCACACCUCCAGGACUUCCAUGGGACCAUUCCCAGGACAGUGGGUGUGUGCACACCUUUUAGUGACUUUCAAGGUAUGUCUCCUAAUUCAUUAGUUUUCAUUGUGGGUGGCAUGGGCACGGUCACAGUUAUUUAAUAUGAGAUGGUGGCAGAUUUUAUCCUUUAUUUUUCUAUGCCUACCCCAGAGAAGAAGGUGCUGCUUUUGUAGCUAACAAAGCUCUAGUCAAAGCAGCCCAAUGUUUUGCAUUACCACAGAAUGGCCUUGAGGGAAUGAUGCUAUGUACAUCGUGACUCUUCAUGUGGACUGCAAGAAGCUCUGCUGCAGCCUGUUUCCCCCCACUAACUAUUAAGACACUGAUGCCUGCAUGUUUCCAUGUGCCGCUCACCCCAGACAAGACAAAUUGUAUUUCCCACCCCCAUUACUAUGGUCCUGUACAGCCCAUCCACAGGGCUAUCUGGGUUUUUUGGGGUGGGGGUAGAAGAGAAACAUCACACUAGUCCCAGAAUAAAUCCUGAAAGUGGGCAAAAGCGAAAAAGAAAAGCUAAUACCUAUUCUAUAUUAGGCCUCAGAUUCCCUACAGCAGGGGAAGGGAGAUUUCUGGAUUUCAAAAAUUCUGUUGUUGUUUAACUAAAGUCCCUUGGGUCAUCAGCUUGGAUCCAGAUAUGAAAAGGUGGCUUGGCAGGGCAAAGACAAACACCUACUUACAAUCAUGAACAUAUAUUGGGAUGUCCUGCAUGCACAAAUAGUAGUCUGCCUCUAAGUCACUACAGAUCAGAAAAUCUAACUAUCUAAUUUAGACAGAAAAAUGGCUCUUGUUAAAAGAAGCAGAAGUUCCAAGCCCUUCCUGAUCAACUGCAAAUCAUCCAAAGGAUUGCAAGUAGUGUCUGUUCUAUCUGCUGCCUACGCCUGUCAUACAGCAUGAGAAAUGCAAGGCCAGGAUGAAUAGCCCUGGUUCUGAUUGACAGAAUUGGCCCAUUCACAAUGAAUUAUUUAAGCCAAGGUAGGUUGCAGUAUAUAUGAGCUCCCAACUUGAGCAUUCAAGUUGUGAUUGUGACUUGUGGUCUAAAACCAGUGGGGGUAGGUUGAUGGUGUUAACAAAGCACCCAAAACUAUGAACUAGUUUAGGGAUGCAGAUGGCUUGUUAACUACACCAGUGACUCAUCUUCACCAGGUCUGGAUGACAUGACAAGUAAGCCACAGUUGUGGCUUGAAUAUGUAAAGUUUGCCUGGCAUACACCAGCAUGCCCCACAACCCAACAUCAAACGUAGAUAAGUGGUCUGCCAUAGAGACUGAGUGAACAAGGUCACUCUCUCCCUUCUGAAGAUAGAAUAGAAAUCUCAACACUUAGCCUACCUGUAUAAGGCUGAUGCUGUCCUUUUCAGCCCUUUCGGUCUGUUGGGCUUUGGUUCUCCAGCCAUGUUUAUAUCUGCAAUGGAUAACUUGGAAUUAAUGUUUAAUUGUCCCCUUUCAGUCUAAUGCAGAAAUUAAGGAGAAAUCCAAGCUGCCACAAUGCUCUAUUUUUAAUAUAGCUUUUCAGCUUUAGUAUUAGGCAAAUGACUAUUUGCAAACCUUUAAAUAAAUUGGCAUAUGCAAGGAGCAGGAACUCUCCUCACUUUCCUUUUCUGAAAUUAAUCAUGGUUAGUGUUACAUCUGCAUCAGUAUUUCCAAUAUCCAUUUUUUCAUUUAUUUAAAACUGCAUGCCCUGCUAUUCCAGAGUAAAAGUCCAAGUCAGCCAACAGUUAAAAUAGCACAGACAGAAAUAUCAACAAGGAACAUGGUUAGCUUCAAGUCACAGCUUGUGACUGUGCUUUGAAGUGGACUUGCAAGUCAUGGUUCAUGAAAACACUGCUGUUGUUCCAAUGCUAACUGUGGUUAAUUUUGGAAACUGGGGUUGAUCUGGGGGAAACAACAUCGAGAACUCCUGUCCUGCCUUUCUAAGCAUGGUUAUGAGACCAGGGAGCCUUCUAUCUGCAUCAGAAGGUAUCCUGGUCUGUGUACAAACCACUUUUCUUAAUUCAGAUGAAAUGAUAAACUGUAGUUUGUUACAAACUGUGGAUAAAUACAUCUCACCUCUUCCCCACAGGAGGGGUGAGAAGAGAGCACAUGAGCUAGAGGCUUGCUGCAGCUCAUGUACAAAAAACAAAACAUGGUUUGUUGUUAUGCUUGAACCGGGUCUGCUUGCCCUCUACCCCACCCCUCAAAGUUCCACAAAUCAUAUCAGCACACCUCUUCAUAAAAUUGGUUCAUGAAUUUCAAUAGCCACUCUUAGAAGGAUGUUGUAGUCUGCUUCCAUCCUACUGUAAAAAGAAUGACAAAUAUUUGGUCAUGCUGCUUAUAGAGCACAUAAAGAGGCUAUUCCUGCUUCCAAUAUCACUCCUCCAUUCAGUCCAUGCUAAAGUCUGUGUCAGGUGCAGAAGCAUGGCCAGUGUCACCAGUUGUGAUCUCAAGGAUAGUUUUCAAUUUCAGCUAUGGUGGAGAAAGAUAUUUUUUCCACCUAGCAAGAAAAUCUCAGCCCUGAUCCUUCAUAUGGAAGGGCUGAGUGAAACGUGAGGGUAAAAGAGUGUGUCCAAUUUUCACAGUCUUCAUGGAAAACUGAACAAAGUAACCCCAAGCAUAAAGGAACUGCUUUAUAGAAGCAAAGCAUAAGGAAAGUUGGAUGCACCCUUCUUUUUCUAUCUGGAAGUGGGGAUGGGGGGAAGUGUUAGGGAAAUACAAAUUAUUGCAAUGAAGUUGAUUCCAAACACACCUCUUUUCCAACCAAAAGGUGCUAGCUCCACUCUCAGAGUGGUUCCUGAUGCUCCUGGGCCAGAGGGUGGGAAUGUUGCAUACUACUUUGUGGGUCUGCCCUUUUGGUCUGAUGCCAGACCAUGGGGUUGAUUGUACUACUCCUGCUCCCAUCUGAACCUGCCUGUUCAGUGAAGUGCCCCACAGAACCAAAUGUGGGUUGGUUCUUCCCAGCUUCUUGGCUUAUUGUUGAGCUUGCUGUUCUUGGCAUUUCAGCUUUGAAUUCUGACCCCACCUCUUCCUCUCAUUCUGAUUCAGAUUUCAAGAUAACAACUAUGGAGGGCUGUAUUUUGGGAGAAGUGGACUUAGUCUCUCCAUCAUGCUUUCACACUGCUUCUCCAUAAUCACUACAGGAGUAAAAUGGAGUUGUCUUCUGCUGUCCUCUUCAGCUGCACAUGUGGAGGCCUGCCAGAAUGCUUCAUAUUUCCCAGCUAAUAGAUUAAAGGAACAGCCAUACCAAGGCCUGAGGGGCUCCAUAUACUCCUGUACUUCAAACAGGAGUGAUAACUUUCAAGGCACUUUGGAAAAAAAAGUAAUAUUGCUCUUUCCCACUUCCCAGAAAGGAUAACUCUUUCUCCUUCACUUGUCAAAAGAGUAGGGCUUCAUAAAGAGAUUAAGGAUGGAAUCCUAUGCAUGCCCAGACUGCAAAAAGUAUUACAGUUCCCAGGAUGGUCCAGCCAGACAUGUUGGCUGGGGAAUGCUGGGAAUGUAGGACCUUUUCCUGUUUAAAUAUGUAUAAGUUUGUGUCUUAAGAGUCAUAAAAGAUUUGGAAGGGGAGCAGGGAGAAGAAAAGGAAGGGACAACCCCAUUGCACAAGUAGAAACCCACUCAUGUCACCUGAACAGACAUUUCAUCUCAAACACAAUGCUACUUCAAUGGGCCUACUCUGAGUAGCACCGGUUUUUGCUACAGCAAAAUUAAUGUGGCAAAACCAAUCAUGGUAUAUGCAUGUGCAAAUUUCUGAGCUCACCUUUGCAGAAUAGCAACAUGACAACCACAGAGCCGUGCGGGUCAUUCUGAAUGGCAACCCAUCCUGCCCAGGAAGCAUUUGCUACUAAGUAAAUUUCAACAUACAAUGUUUUAAAGGAUGGUGAAAUAUUGGAGCUUUAUUUCAGGUUGUUUCACCAGAUGUAAUGCAGGGUGGGAAUAGGUUUUGAGCUGCUGCACAGGUGUGUCUGGCAUUCCUGCUGCCUUCAAUACCACCGCCACCCACUGAGAGAUCAAAAAUGCCAAUUUCUGAUUGAAAAAGCUAUCUUCAACAACAAUUCUCAGUUUAUGCCUGGUGACAAGAGGCUUCUCAGCAGGUGACAUUUCAAAGUUUGCACAAAAAUGGUUAUGCUAGGAAAUAGUUGGUUUCAGGCAAAACGGUUAUUGAGAUAGAUACUGUCACUAUUCUAAGUGGCUGCCUUGAACUGUAUUGAGGUCUGGCUGAUGAGGUCUGCGUCACAUGUAGGAAACUGCUUAUCACAAUGCUAGUUAAAAUAGAGACAGGUAUUUCUAUCUUACUUUACACUUAAGGUUGCAAUGUUGUGUAUGUAUAAUCAGACAGAAGUCCUUUACCUCCCUGUAUUCCCCAGCAUGGGUGGGCUCAGGAAUGCCAGAUGUAUAGGAUUUUUGUCUGUCUAAAUAUGCACAGGAUUGUGACCUGAAUGUGUUUUUUGAGCACUGAAAGCAACAGAAAAAAUGCAACAAGAAAGUCAGUUGAUGGAUGAAAACAGAGAGCAAAAAAAGUAAGAGUGAUCAUUUUAAAUCAGAUCAUUUAAAACAGAGUGCAUUAAAACACAUAUGCAAACAAUAUCAAAAUGCCAUGAACGAUAGUUUAAAGACUCAGUAAAUUAUAACAUCUUUGCCUUGUGGCAGACCUGUUUGAGGAGGCCAUUCCAUAGAUAGAAAGCCUCUAUGUCAAAGUCUCUCUUUUUUGUAACCACCCGCUGGUGGUACAUCAUAAAUGUUGGCACUCAAGAAAAGCGUCAUCUGUUUAUCUCAAGGUUCAGUAAGGUGCAUAUGGAAGAACAUCAGAGAUCAAGUCCUUAGAUAUAGCAAGAUGUAAGACAACAGGUUCCUAAACUGCGAUG